AAUUUUUCAGUCGCUGUCAUAGUUGUUACGAAUGUCUGGCUUUAAGCUGCUGUUAGCAAAUGUUUGCCUGAAAUGUCUAAAGAUCGACUAGCUGGCUGCUAGUCCGCGCUACCAUGGCCUCCUACACUUGCAUCAGCUGCCGAGUGGCUUUUGCAGAUGGCGAGGUGCAGCGAGCACACUACAAAACUGACUGGCACCGUUACAACCUGAAGCGCAAGGUGGCCAACAUGCCACCCGUCACUGCUGAAAACUUCCAGGAGCGUGUCCUGGCACAGAGGGCCGCUGCUGAACAACAGCUGAAUGACACAGCACUCACUGAGGGCUGUGCCAUCUGCAACAAAAAAUUCUCCACUGCCAACGCAUACCAGAACCACCUGCAGUCCCACAAACACCAGCAGGCUGAGAAGCAGGCCCUGCUCGCUGCCCAGCGGAAAGUUGAGAAGAUGAACGAGAAGAACCUGGAGAAGGGACUAGGUGACGAGAAGGCAGACCACGACACCAGGAACGAGGCCCUGCAGCAGGCCCUGAGAGAGCAGCAGAGGCCCAGCCCGGCCAAACAAGCAAAGGUCCAGGCAUCGCAAGGAGCAUCAAAGCCGAGGAUGGAGAAGGAGAGACCUCCCAGGAUGAUGUGGCUGGAGGAGCAAGCCAAAAGGCGAGAGAAAGAAGAGGGAGCCACAGCCGAGAACGAGGAGUGGGAGGAUGUUGAUGAAGAUGAUGAUGAUGAUGAGAUGGAGGAGGAGGAGGAUGAUGAAGAGGAGAUUAUGGACCAGGAGGAAGGAGACUCUGCUGCUCUGUCUCACUCCCCUCUAGCUGCUCUGCCAGGCUCCAUCCCUGUCACCGACUGCCUGUUCUGCUCCCACCACUCAAAGUCACUCAUGAAGAGUGUCACCCACAUGACCAAGGUCCACAGCUUCUUCAUCCCUGAUGUGGAGUUCCUCAUCAACCUCAGGGGCCUCAUCCGUUACCUCGGAGAGAAAGUCGGUGCAGGGAACGUGUGUUUAUGGUGUAAUGAGAAGGGGCGUUCGUUUUACUCGACAGAAGCGGUACAGAGUCACAUGACAGACAAAAGCCACUGUAAACUCUUCACAGAUGGCGACGCUGCUCUCGAGUUUGCAGACUUCUAUGACUUUAGGAGCAGCUACCCUGACAGGAAGGAGGGAGACAACACUGAAGUGGAUGAAGAAGAGCUUCCUGAUGACAAGAACCUGGAGUAUGAUGAUGAAACACUGGAGCUGACUCUCCCUUCAGGUGCUAAAAUCGGCCACCGUUCCCUCAUGAGGUAUUACAAACAGCGGUUUGGCACUCAGAGAGCGGUGGCUCUGACCAGCAAUAAGAACGCUGUCCACAGGGUCCUGCGGCAGUACCGAUCCCUGGGCUGGGGAGGAGACGGAGGUGACAGCUCCUUCCAGCAGAAACGGAGAGACAUGCAGUAUGUACAGAUGAUGAAGUCAAAGUGGAUGCUGAAGACGGGCAUGAACCACAAUGCCACCAAGCAGAAGCACUUC